AGGAUAAUCAAGUAGCGAUUGACUCGUAGUGGAUUUAACUAGUUUACGUUUGAAUAGUCAAUGUUACAGUGCAUAAUUGAAAACUGUUUGGAAUAUUUCACAAUUAAACAAAUUUGACAAAAUGAUUUAUUGAUUGGUUGGAAUGGUAAUCGCAAAUAAAUUUGUAGUUUUGUUGCACAAUUUACUAUAUGUUCAUGCUAUUUUAUAUUGCAAAUGUUUAAAACUAUAUGCUACCUCUCUCUGAUCAAUGAAUAAUGUUUCUCAAACUUCAUAGUAAAGACAGAUAUAGGAACUCACGAAAGAAUUAGUUUCUCUUUAAGUGGCAACGUGAUGCAGCUUAUUCUAGAAUCUCAAAUAAUACAGCGAAGUUACACUCGCGACGUCACUGCGUUCGAGACGUUUAACCAAACAAAAGCUUCGCGUCGCUUCAUUCAAAUAUUCUGAGCGCAGACCAAGACUUUGUGUCAACAACAGAGCAGAACUAACGGAGAUAGAGUUAAAUAAAAACAAAACAAAUGAAUCACAUGUUCGUGCAAAGAAAAUCCAACGCUUGUAACGUGCGUAAAUAGUGGUGAUCAUCAUUUAGCAACAAAUGAGAAUCUUAUAUGUGCGUGCCAUCAAGAACACGUGUUUACUCCUUUAACUUCGGGACAAUCAAAGUUAAAACAAACAGUGCAAUAAAGGAAAAAAAGCUCAGGCAACGACCUCACGGCAUUGGUCAAAUAAGAACAAGGAUAAUUGUCUCAUGCAAAAUGUUAGUAUAAGGAUUCGAUUCUCGGUGAGAACAGAUACAACAGGCGUUUAUGAACACAGUGCAACGGCAAACCAAUCUUUAGCAUCAGGAAAUGGCCUGACAGGCGAUUACUCCAAAAACAGUGCUGGUUUAACUCUUGAAAGAGCUGUUACAAAAGGUACUCCACCCCAUUGAUUUGCAGAUAAAUAUAUACUCCAAGUAAAGCAGUGAGGAAAGCGAAACUGACCAGAGGCCUACCGUAACCUGCCUAAUUACACACUUUAUAUAUCGACAACAUGCAUACCGUGCGAAUCUGAGGGGCCAGUGUAGAUCCAAUGUUUUCUACCCGAUAGGAUGCGAUGCUGUGUGGAAUGCCGGCGCCCGAAAUGUUCCGAUGUUGACCUCAGUCAUAACCGACCAAUAGAUUUUGUCUCAUCGCAGUUUUUCACUCCGUGGUUUGGCCUUGUCUGGAACAUUUUAUGGUGCAUUUACUUCGUCGUCUGUUUGUUACUGGACACACUCUACUUCCACGGAAGUGACGUCAGAGGUUACUGGCUAGUACCUUUAUUCAACUGGACCUACGUCAUAUCCUGUUUAACCCUAAUGGCGGAAGUGACCGUUCGAUUCAUGAGCCUGAUUAACGCGCGAUGUUCGCAAACAGGAAGUCAAGCGUCGAUGACCAUCGCACUGAAGUUAUGUUGGGUGCUAUUCAACAUCAACAAUACCGCGUCAGUUGUGAACACUAUUCUGCAUUCAGUGAUAAUAAAGGAUGUUGUCGGUCCUAGUGCCAUCAACAAAGUGAUACUGACGUCAAUUUACACCAUAACCAAUGCUGCCAUAGUGUCUCAGACGCCGGUGAAAAUAUUUCUCUUUUACCAGCCAUUUUUAUUCAUCAUCUGCUACUUCGUUUUUUCAGCUAUUUACCAAUAUUAUGGACAAGAUUCGCCAUUCGGUUAUUACACAGACUGGACAUACCCUCGGAAAAGUGGGAUUGUUCUAGUCACGUGUAUUCUUGCAAUACCUUUGAUACAUUUAUUGUUUUUCGCCGUGCACAAAUUACGGAUACUCUUGCAUGAUAAGUACUUUCUGCAUAAAAACGGCUCGGGAAAUGGACACAAAAACACUUCGGAAAAUGGUACAGCGGUAAAAUACGAUCGCCAAAUCACCACAACAGACGUAGUAUUAGACGAAAGUCAAGAUGGUGACUUAGUCGACGUCACACCGGAUGCCAAAGACGACAUUGGCUUAAAAUCUCAUGAAAUUACACAAGAACGCGAGAUUUCAAAUAUUUACAAUUCUAGACUCUUCAAAAGUGAGUCCGAUUUGAGAGAUUACCGUCUCAAGAACGGUUUAUAUUGUGAUUUUGCGACCUCGAGUUUUGUGGUGCAUCCUCGAAGAAUGAGUGACGCGUGCCAUAACAAGUCCGGUCAUUUAUUAUAUAAUGCUGCUAUAAGCCGCGUUAUAGUGGUGAAGAAAUUCCCACAUGAGGAUGAUGAGACGGAAGAGGACAUGGAAUCUGUGACUUCAGACUGCGACAAAGAUUAUAAAGAAAGUACUCGGUCAAUUGAAGACGAUUGCCCAGUUGUUUUAUGAUCGGGUAAACAUUAUUUGCAUAUACUAAACGCUAACACCGCAUAUUUGUUUAUACUUUAUAUCCAAUCUUGGCUGACAGAAAAGUUUUGUCGGAAAUGAAUUAAAACUAUUUUUAACAAAAUAGAUUGAUUGAUUAAUUUAGCGCACAUAUAUGGAGAAAUCAAUGACGCAUUUCCAUCAGAUUAAACUUGGCUUACUUAUUGAAUGCAUCUGGAUCGUAAUCCGUCAAGGUCGAGUGCUUAUUCACAAAACUGCAAAUGCAUUUGUGACAGAAUCGAAUAGAGCGAAUUUAAUUACUGUGCGGGCACCGCAGCAAAUCGAUAUGUUUUAAUAACUAAGGGAUCUAAUUCACAAGAGAUGCCACUUCGCUGUUAUCAGAAUUUAAAUAAAUCACUUUCGUUCAAUCGUUAAA